AUGAACCAUGUAUGUCUGGGAACCCUAAUCAUUCUGCUCCACCUUUUUGUAAGGUGCACAUGUUACCAAAUGAUAUAUGUAGCUUUCCUUGAAGAGAAAAAUGACUCGAGCGAGGUGAAUAACCUUUCGUGCUCCUGGCGAUACUACUGCCAAGAGGAAUUUCAUUUUUGUGAAUACGGCUGUAGUUCCAAGAAAAAUCUGAAGGCAGGAUACAACCUGCUUAACACCACCAAUCUGAGAGAAAAUUGCUUCAUCAAUGUGGAGUGCGAGAAUCACCAGAUUUACUUCGACACCGAGGAUCCAGUGCACUUUCUCUUUUUCGCCAAGCCGUUCUUCCGCAUCAACCGGGAUUUUACCCUGUAUGUGCACUUGGCCCAGGGAACCAACGGAGCAGAAGAAAGUGCGCACCAUGGGAAUGAAGGAACGGGGACCAGCAUCUGGCGAGGGCUGCGCCUCACCUGGGAAAAAAUAAAUCAGUGGAGACGAUCUAUAUCGAAGAAACAUAAAAGGAGUUUAAUCAAGUUGUUAAUAUGCCUCAUUUUAAUUCAUAUGAUUUUUUUUUAUCUUUAUAUAUACACGUACUUGUACUUGGACAAGGACGAGGAGGUGUAG